CAUAUGCGAACAUCGCCACUGAACUGGGAACCAUUCGCCACCUCUGAGCCAUGGCUAUUCCGGAAAUCGUCCUGAGCUCCACCUCUCCCGCCACAGGCUCCCGGGCGAUCCCCGUGCUGGGCAUGGGCACCGGGUUGGCCCACUUCACCCCCGAGCAGCGCCCCGCCACCAAGCACGGCAUCCUCCGCGCCAUCGAGCUCGGGUACCGCCACUUCGAUACCGCCGCCAUCUAUCAGUCCGAGGACGUUCUCGGCGAGGCCAUCGCCGAGGCCUUGCAGGCCGGCCUCAUCCACUCCCGUGCCGAGCUCUUCAUCACCUCAAAGAUCUCGUGCGCCGACGCUCACCGUGACCUGGUCGUCCCCGCCAUCCGCGAGUCUCUCAGGAAUCUCAAAUUGGAUUACCUUGAUCUCUACCUCAUACAUUGGCCCAUGAGAUUGAAGGCUGGAGAAUCCUAUCCUCCUAUAGAGAGCCACCACAUUCUCCCCUUCGACUUGAAGUCUGUUUGGGAAGGCAUGGAGGAAUGCCACAGGUUGGGGUUGGCUAAGCAGAUUGGUGUUAGCAACUUCACCACAUGGAAGCUUGCAGAGCUGCUCCGAUAUGCUAAAGUACCUCCUGCUGCUGUCCAGGUGGAGAUGAAUCCAACCUGGCAGCAGAAGAAGCUGAGGGAGUUCUGCAAGGAAAAGGGUGUUCAUGUCAUUGCCUAUUCUCCUUUAGGAGGCCAAGAUAUGUUCGUGGGCAAGAACUUAGUGAUGGAGUCCCAAGUGCUUAAAGAGAUAGCCAAGGCAAAAGGAAAGACUCUGGCUCAGGUUGCUCUCUUAAGAACUACUUCAUCCUGUUAGUAGAUUAAAUCAAUACUGGUAUAGGAUUAUUCAAGUUGGUCAUGAUAACAGAUGUAAUUUCCAAGUUCAGCUAUUAUUUCACUAGAAUAAAAUUAAAAAAUUGUUCUUGAAAUUAAGUUGGAUGGUUGUCAUGAUAAGAAAACAAUAUGAUCCCAAAUCAUUUGCUCCCUUUUGUCUUUUUGAUAAAAUUUCAAACCACUAGUUAAUCAUUUGAAAAGGAAAUCAACAUUAGGGCUUAUAUUUCUAUUCUCUGCUCAAGAAAAAGGAUCACUGGAACUUGAUUACAGGGUAGAAUCAAUUCCUGAUGCCUUCAUGCUUAAUUCAAGUUUUUGAUGCUAGAUAACAUAUGGCACUGAUUUAUAGUUCAAAAGUUAUUCAUCUCAUGUAAUGUUUGUUGUAUGUACUAACAAUUAGAUUGAACUUUAUCUUGUAAAUGAGCAAGAUAUUAUGACAUAUCGGAGAACCUUUCAUUAACUUGAUUGAUCACCAGAAACUGUAGGUGGUCAAAUGUUACUAUUUUUAAUCUCUUACGAAACAGAUCAAAACACUUUGGGCUACAAUGAUCAUGGAAACAAGAGAAUUAUAAACUAGUGGUAACCAGCUGACCUGUGUGGUACUAAAACUCGCAUCUGAAAGGAAUGGGGAAUGGUGUCCAUCAAAUCAUUGCAACUUAAGAGUUUCUUUAUUCUUUCAAUCUCAAUUAGACAAAAACAAACUUUCCUCAGAAAAGAAAAAAAAAAAAAUCAAACCAACUUAUUCGACGAUACCGCUUGUUUUGUUUAUCUUUUUUUCUCUUUUAUUUUUUUGCUGCAUGUCAGAUUUUGUGGCAGAUUAGCUGUAUGAUAUGCAUUGUAGAAUGAGAGGCCCCGUAGAAUUUAAAUCAUAGUGCAUCAACAGACUGUGUUAAUCUAGCUAUGAACUUGAGCUUGAUGGUUCUGUUUUCAGGUAUCCUUGAGAUGGGUUUAUGAGCAAGGAGCGAGUAUGAUCGUAAAGACCUUGAACAAGGAGAGAAUCGAGGAGAACAUGAAAAUUUUUGAUUGGGAGUUGAGUGAAGAAGACAAACACAAAAUUAGUCAACUCCCCCAGUGCAAGAGAGUCACACUGCGUGCAAUGCUCUCAACAGAAGCGGCUUCCAAGCUACCUGAUGAAGAUGAGGUCGUUGAAGAAUAAAGGAGUCGGUGCUAUUAGAUCUCUUAAGACGAUUUCAGUACUUAACCACUACAUCUAUGAUAUUUGAUGAAUACAGAUCUGCUGCAGGAAUUAAUAGCUACUAUAUCUCUACCUGUUUGUGUUCGGGCUGUAUGCAGUGAGUUGAUCUAUGGAUUUAGCGACAAUCCAAUGCUUAUGUUUUUCCUUUUCUUUU